AGGUUCUUCAUGGCUCAAGCAGUUUUGGUCCCGCAUCCAGAUCGGUCGUUGCAUCAAUUGCUGUGACAUCCAUCGCGGCGAAAACACACCACCACUGUGUUCUGGCAAUGGGUGCUGAGAAGGCUGAUGGCCUUUUACCAGUGACGGUUCUGAGUGGCUUCCUAGGGGCUGGCAAGACCAGCCUGUUGACUCAUGUGCUGCACAACCAGGAAGGCUUGCGCGUAGCUGUGAUUGUCAACGACAUGGCCGAGGUCAACAUAGAUGCCAUGCUUGUGAAGUCUGACCAAGUGCUCACGGUGGAGGACAAGAUGGUGGAGAUGCAAAACGGCUGUAUUUGUUGCACCUUACGUGAUGAUCUCAUUGAACAUGUCACAAAGCUUGCUGAAGAGAAACGCUUCGACUACCUCUUAAUUGAAAGCACAGGCAUCUCAGAGCCAAUGCCUGUGGCGGCCACCUUCGUGACUGAAGUUGAAGGCAAAGCAAUGCUUGGGAAAGUUGCACGGCUUGACACUCUUGUGACCGUCGUCGACGGCAAGAACUUUUUUGCGACCUAUGGAACCACCGAGUUGUUGGUGGACCGGCCCCAAUUGGGGGCAGAGACGGGAGAUCAGCGGAACAUUGCAACCUUACUUGCGGAUCAGGUCGAGUGCGCAAACGUCAUUGUCAUCAACAAGGUGAGUUACAAGUGAUCAAAAGACUGCGGCUACAUAAGAAUUCUGACAUUGCGUUUGUCUAUGUUUCUGUUUGAAUCUGUUUGAUGUAUAUAUAUAUAUACAGUACAUAUAUAUAUAUAUUGUAUAUUUGUUUUGACAGGUUGGUUUGACGGA